CCGACCACCUUCGUUUUGCUGCACCGCGCCGACGUAUGCAUACAUUCUCGACCCCAAUCGCCCGGUUCCCCGCAAAUGGCUUGGGGGCUCAUUCCCGCACCGGUUUUUGCUCCAAUUGUGUCCGCCUUAUCGCAUUCAGGCACUCACUCCAAGCUUCCUCUGCCACAGGGCAGUAACCCUUCCCCGCCCGCCUUCAAGUCACUCCCACGCGGUUGUUCUUCGGCAGCUGUCGACCCAAGCAUAGAUCUCUGUGAAUCUCGCCAUUACUCUCAUACACGUCCCUUCCUCUCUGUCUGUUGCGCAGAUGCCAAUCCGUCGCGUUUUCUUUGGGUCGCAAGUCCCGGUUGGCUACCUACGUAUUGCACCCGCAGCAGCUGUUGCACGCGCUUUGAUGGCUACUUGCGCUGGGGAGGAGAUCUUCCAGCUCCAUCGGUUCAGGAGCCUCGCACCCUAUCUGGAAGUGAAUCUACUUCGUGGACAGUACUGGGCCCUUUCCCCGAAGGCAGCGGACGAGAGCGCGUACCGCCAUGUCAAACUGAUUCCCCUCGUCUUCUGUGUCAUAGCCAAGCAGCGCAUUCGAGCCGACGAUGUCCCCCCAAUGGUUGCGGUCAGCUCUCACACUCGCCGAGCUAUUCACGACGAGCAUGCGCCGAAUGCGUUUCUAUCGGCUCUCGAGCUUCCCUUCAUCGAUGAACGAUACACCAGUCCAUGAAUUCCUGCCUUGACAUGGACACUCUCCCCACGCUCAGCCUAGUGCGAGGUGUACCCAGUUUCCAUGAAAUCUACGGCAUUCGACAUGAGCCUAAUGUUUGGCUCCUGAGAAUCAUGCAACGACUUCGAUUGCUAUGGUUCGUCCACCCCCAAGAAAGGAGCUUUGCCCAUCUGCCAAUGUCGAUUCUCCACCCCAUCUUCCGCUUCGCAUUUCGAGCAGCUUGGCACGUGGUCCCGAGACAUCGAUUUGCAUGCCCGUACCGUGUUCCAUGACUGCCGUCCAUGCACAGCGGGGCCGAUCUUGUGAUGUCGCUCUAUGCGAAACGGUGUCGCGCAGGAACUUCGGAACCGUAUCUGGUUGUGAACAGAGUUCGCGGAGGUUAUUCUUCAUGACGUGGAGGACAAGCGGACCUGAACAUUGGAUUACACGGUUCCACUCUGUGCUGGAACUCGGGGACUUCAGGAGCAGCACAGCAAUCACCCUUCGGAGCUUUUAGUUUGCUCUAUCCGCCGUGCCCCAGCGAUCUUACCCAGUUCUUGGUGCUUCGCGCCAGGAUUUACCUCCCUUAUCGGCUCCAACACCAUAUUACAUUCCACAAUUCAUUGAGGAUGCUUGAAGGACUCACGAUCGACUUGCUACUCUCAUGGUCGACAUUUCAAUCGUUUUCGAAUCCUUCAGUGGCCGCUUGACCGAAUGAACCUUGAGUGUCACAGGAGACCCGCCCAAUGAUUCCCUCGCUCUGCCAUUCCGUCUCAUCAAUCGACAGCUGGGCCCGGGCUGCUUCUUCGGUGCCACGAAUGCCGGUUCAGUGCAGCGUCCAGCUGUCUAUCCUGUCUUGCAGACUGUCGGUUUCAUCUGCCCGGACGAUAAGUACUUCUGGCAGCAACGUCUGCCGUCGGCGACGGCAUUCCACAACGUUGCAAUUCUUCCUCCUGUCCAACGAGCCGUGCCGCAGCAGCAUUACGCAGCCUUGAUUGAUCCGCAUCCUGUUUCUCACCAAAACCAAUCGCCCACGAUUUCUGAAGUGCGAGCUGUCCGAUCACAGCUACCACACACACACUCAGGGCCGUCCCGAAGCGCCUGCAGAGCUCCAGAGGUUAGCUAAUGACGUCGUCCCUGUCAUGCCACUCAAUAUCCACCUUCGUAGUCGAACCUCAUAUCGGUCGUGUGCAGCAUUCCCGGACACUUCAGCAUUUCACGAUUGACUAUCAGAGGAUGCACGCACUGGAAUCAGGGAUAGAACCGGGACCCUGUCUUGCUUCGCAUCCUCGAUGGGUGGAAGGACCAGUCAGCCUCGUUGCCUCGAGCCUUCGUCCCUUCGCCGUCUCGCGUGGACCGCCUUCAUCCUCACAGACUGAGUCCUCGGCAUUCGAGAACACCUCUCUGGCCUGCCAUGCCAUCUGUCGUAUCAUCAACUCUGAAAUAUUGGGUUGUACACAUCGCAUCGGCAUAUUGAUCUUUGGUGCGCAGUUCUCUGUGGUCCUCGAACACUGGGCUUCUCGACAGUCCAUUGAAAGAUACUGGAAUCGCGAGACUGCGUUGUGUCAUGCGAAGUCUGCACGUCCACGAACCCAUAUACCUUUCCCGACCUUCCACCGGCUUUCGAUCCCAUGCGACUUCCCUCUCUCAAGCUGUUCGACGCACGGUCCCUGCUAGCCUUGAAGACUGCUUUGAGCUAUCGCUCGGUGCCAAUGCUCAACUUGGCACGGGAGAGCUUGUGAUUCCCGCAGCGGGCAGUCGUAAUGGGGCAUGGAUCCAGAGGUGGACACUUUCUCUGAUUUUCUGCCAGGAGCGGCGGGGCAGUCAAGAUCGCUGUGCAUUGCAGCCCCUGCCGGGAACACAUCCGAAGCCAGUGUAUAUUUCGAAAAGCAGUCCGCGCAAGUCGGAAACUGAGUCGCUAUCGGUUUUUGAAUCAUGGCCACGACCGCCUCCGACUCUGGGUCCCUCUCCACGUCCUACGCCACGACCACGUCCGCCUGAGCGGCCUUGGGCGCGUCCAGCACGAGCAGUCCAUUCGGCGCCUCUGCCAUCCCUUCCGCCCAGCUAGCCACUGCCACUAGCACGGCUGGCAUCACCCUCCCCUCUGCCUCCUGUUACAUCUUCUCCCCGACCUCCUCGUCUUUCUCCAGCUCCAGUGUUGGAAUUCCCUCUUGACGCAGCCUGCCCUCUCCCACGCGUCGAUCCACCUUGACCCUGCGCAUUGGCAGCUCCCGGAGCUCCGCCGCCUGUGCCACCGUUGCUUGGAGUCGAAGCGGGUUGCCCAGCUCCGAUGUCGGUGAUCGCCCCACUCAAGGGUCCCCCGCGCUCGCGCCCGCGACAUCGCACAGUCCUAGGGGGUUGUCCCCGGCCACACAUCGGGGAUUGUUGUGCCCUGCGACCUUGGUGGCCGCGUCCUCUUGCUUGCGGGAUGGGAUUUUGUGGAAUCGAUUGGGCAUCUAUUAGUCGCGACUGUUAUUGGCAGGGAGAUGAGAGGGAUGAUCAGCUACUCGUGGGGUCCCAACCGCCAUUGUGACCUGCGCUUCUGACACGGACCGUGUACAUACAUAUACGUAUUUCUAUACUGGCACUGGAAACACGCUAGUCCAGUCCCAAUUUAGGCUGCAUCUUGGAUUGCAAGUGUGUAGACAUAUGUGCAAUGCACACAACUCUAGACUGGAAAUGAGACUCAUUGUAGAGGAAA